AUGGAGAUUUUAGUUGGAAGUCUGCGUAGUCGCAGCACAUUAAACAACCCAAAGAGGUUUAGUGAACCCGAGGAAAUAUGGAGAGCAAACCGACGACAAGAGGGCCUCGAGCCCCUCUUAUCUCGUAAGCAGGCGAAAAAAGCAAAGACAAUAUGGAUACUAGCAGGGAAAGAAAGGCCUCCUUUUGCCGUUUAA